UUACAACACUCGCUGGAUCUCUCCGUCGCCGCCGAGCCGCCCUCGUCCUGACAGCCGGGCUGCAGCUCUCCUGCUCCCGCUGAACGCGCUCCACCUUCCGCCGAAGAAAAAUGAGUUUACCGUCGAGGAUCUAACGAGUUUGAACAGCUUGUAGCAGCUCACCUGAAACCGUUUCACUUGUUGCCAACACCAUGAGAAGCAGGAGCAACUCCGGGGUUAAAUUGGACAACUAUGCCCGAAUGGUGCAACAAACUAUCCUGAGACACCAAGAUCCAGUGUCCGGUCUCCUGCCCAGCAGUCCAGAUGAGGCACACUCUUGGGUCCGAGACAAUGUUUACAGCAUCUUGUCCGUGUGGGCCCUCAGUCUGGCCUACAGGAAGAACGCCGACAGGGACGAAGACAAGGCCAAGGCCUACGAACUGGAGCAGAGUGUGGUGAAGCUAAUGAGAGGUAUCCUCCAGUGCAUUUUGAGGCAGCUGGAUAAGGUGGAGAAAUUCAAAUACAGCAGAAGUAACUCUGACUCGCUCCACGCCAAGUACGACACCAGAACCUGUGCUACCGUCGUUGGUGACGACCAAUGGGGUCACCUACAAGUCGACGCCACCUCCCUCUUCCUGCUGUUCCUCGCUCAGAUGACUGCGUCUGGUCUCCACAUUGUCUACACUCAAGACGAAGUGGACGUCGUUCAGAAUCUCAUGUUCUACAUCGAGGCAGCUUACAAAGUGGCUGAUUACGGGAUGUGGGAGAGAGGAGACAAAACCAACCAGGGCAUCACUGAGAUUAACGCCAGCUCUAUAGGCAUGGCUAAGGCAGCUCUGGAGGCUUUAGAUGAACUCAAUUUGUUUGGCGCCAAAGGAGGACCUGGAUCUGUCGUCCACGCCUUGGCCGACGACAUACAGCACUGCCAGUCCAUCCUGACGUCCAUGUUACCCCGAGCGUCCAUGUCCAAAGAGGUGGACGCCGGAGUCCUGGCUAUCAUCUCGUAUCCCGCCUUCGCCGUGGAGGACAUGAGCAUCGUCAACAUGACGAAGGAGGAGAUCAUCUCCAAACUGCAGGGUCGAUACGGCUGCUGCAGGUUUCUCAGAGACGGACAUAAAACACCCAAAGAGGAUCCGAACCGUUUAUAUUACGAGUCGGCAGAACUGAAGCUGUUUGAAAACAUCGAGUGUGAGUGGCCGCUCUUCUGGACCUACCUCAUCCUGGACGGCAUUUUUAUCAACAGUCCUGAACAGGUUCAGGAGUACCAGGAAGCUCUGGAGGGCAUCUUGAUCAAACAGAAAGAUGGAAUACGACUGCUGCCAGAACUCUACAGUGUCCCUCCAGAUAAGGUGGAAGAGGAGUACAUGAACCCUCACUCCGUGGAGAGGAUCCCGUUGGGCAAAUGUCCUCUCAAAUGGGGUCAGUCUCUGUACAUCCUGGGAAACCUUUUGUCUGAGGGAUUUCUAGCCCCCGGAGAAAUCGACCCUCUGAACCGACGUUUCUCCACCAUCCCAAAGCCUGACGUGGUCGUACAGGUGUCAAUUCUGGCCGAGACCGAGGAGAUCAAAGAGCUGCUGUUGAAGAACGGUAUCGAUGUGGAGACCGUCGCCGACAUCCAUCCCAUCCACGUGCAACCCUCCAGAGUCCUCAGCCACAUCUACGCCAGACUCGGUCGCAACCCGAGGCUCGGUCUGACAGGACGACCCUACAGGAGAAUCGGAGUCCUGGGAACCUCCAAAUUCUACAUCAUCAGAAACACAAUAUUCUCAUUCACUCCUCAGUUCAUCGACCACCAGCAGUUCUACAUGGCGUUGGACAACAAGAUGAUUGUGGAGAUGUUGAGGACUGAAAUCGCCUACCUCUCGUCCAGGUGGAGGAUGACUGGACGACCCACCGUCACUUUUCCCAUUUCACAGACGAUGUUGACUGAAGACCACACAAAACUGGACCCUGCAGUCUUGGCUACACUGAAGAAGCUACAGGAUGGAUAUUACGGAGGAGCAAGGAUCCAGACGGGGAAGCUGUCGGAGUUCUUGACCACGUCCUGUUGCGCUCACCUGAGCUUCCUGGACGGUAAGGCUUCUGGCAGCAUGAGUUGCCACGGCGAGGAGUAUGCUGCUGAUGACCGUGAUGACGAAGGAUACGUGCAUGAGUUACGUUGUGAUGAUGAGGCCGACGACCUCGCUCAGUACCUGGACCACCUGUUGGCUCACGCUGCCCCGAAGAAGCCUAAACAGGAGGUCAAAGGUCUGGGGAGGUUUAAGGCGGUGGCCACCAAAACCAAGGAGAUGGUGUCUCUGAUGAACAAGGCUCAGGACCUUAACGUACACAAUGUCAACAUGUACCUGCCAAAUAAACUGUUUCGCUCCACUCAGCCGACGCUCAACCUGAAUUUCCCAGAAUCCGCCUCGCCGCAAGAAGCUCAGGCACCAGAGGUGUCGGUCACGGCAGAGAGCGGCAUCCCGAGAGAUGCCAGCGGAGCCAUCGACUACAACGCUUUGGCUCAGCUGCUGAAGGACACGCAGUGUCUCCAAGACCAGGCAGAUAUACUCUACAUCCUCUUCAAAGACAAGGGAAUGGAGUGGGACACCCGUCUUCACGGCAAAGGCUCGACGGUGAGAUCUCUGCUGACCGAUCUUUACGAGAAGGCGGGUGAACUCAAACACUGGAGCCUCAUCAGGAUGAUCUCAGGCAUGCUGAGGAAGAAGGUGGAGGAGCUUGACUCGGCCUGCUCUGAUUUGCUGGCGCACCAGAAGCACCUGACGGUCGGUCUGCCUCCUGAGCCAAGAGAGAAAACCAUCACUGCUCCGAUACCUCCAGACCAGCUGGCCGUCCUCAUCGACAAGGCCAGUGACAACAACAUCAGCGUGGCCAUCCUCACUCAGGAGAUCAUGGUGUACCUGGCCAUGAGCAUAAGGACACAGCCCAGCCUGUUUAGUGAGAUGUUCAGGCUUCGUAUCGGCCUCAUCAUCCAGGUCAUGGCCACUGAACUGGCCCAGUCACUCAACUGCUCAGGAGAGGAGGCUACAGAGAGCCUGAUGAGCCUCAGUCCGUCAGAGCUGAAGAACCUUCUCCACCACAUCCUCAGCGGGAAAGAGUUUGGAGUGGCACGCAGCGUUCGAGAGCUCGACGCCGGCGUCAGUCCUGCUAUCUCCAUCCAUCACCUUGGCAACGUGGGCGCCACCAAGAGCGAGAGAGCCGGCAUCAGCAAACUGAAGAGCGACAUGAAGAUGCUGGAACACAGGUUGUCUUUGACGGAUCCCAUUAAGGCGGAGCACAGGUUGUCCUUGACUGAUCCGGUCUCAGAGAUGGACCGCAGGGUCUCUUUGACUGACUCUGUUAAGCUCGACCAAUCAGUGCCCUUCCGUCGCAAGAGCAUGCGAUCUCAGUCACUGGACAUAGAAAACGUUGAAUCUGGGAGGUACAGACUGCCGUCCAUCGAAUCUCUGGACAUUCCUGAGUGUAUUCCCGUUUCUAAGGAUACCAGGCACGGCCAAUGGCUGCGCAGGAGGCGCCUGGACGGAGCGCUGAACCGAGUCCCAGUUGGUUUCUACCAGAAAGUCUGGAAGAUCCUGCAGAAGUGCCACGGUUUGUCCAUCGAAGGGUUUGUCCUUCCAUCUUCAACCACCAGAGAGAUGACACCAGGCGAGAUCAAGUUCUCCGUCCACGUUGAGACCGUUUUGAACCGCGUCCCUCAGCCGGAGUACCGACAGCUGCUGGUGGAGGCCAUCCUGGUGCUCACCAUGCUGGCCGACGUGGACAUCCCGAGCAUCGGCUCCAUCAUCCACGUGGAGAAGAUCGUCCACCUCGCUAACGACAUGUUCUACAAGGAUCAGAGGGACCUGGGAGCAGAGGAGCACAUCCUGGAGAGGGACCCGUCCACCGGAGUCUGCAGGUUGCUGUACGACAGCGCCCCCAGUGGCCGAUUCGGAAGCAUGACCUACCUCACCAGGGCUGUGGCGGUGUACGUGCAGGACUUCCUGCCCAGCGGGUCAUGCGCGGUGCAGUGAGGCAACGAAACCAGAAGCUAAAACAUUAAAUCAACGUCACAUGAAUGAAAACUGCUGUCCCUCAUGCUGUAUGAUGUAUAAAAUAUUGAUGAAUAUCAGAUAAUCUAUCCACUAUUUAUUUUAGCAAUUAUCAAAUGAUAAUUUAAAACUAAACUAAAACAGACGUGGCUUAAAGAGGACGCAUGUCUUUGCCUAUACAUAGAGAUUGUGCCGUAUUUUUUAGCACCUAAAGAACUUUUGUUAUUUUGAUUUGUUGGAAAUUGUUGGAAAUUGUUCAGCAUGCUGUGUACUUAUUGUUUAUUUUUUGAAUGCAGUGAAAAAGGGAAAAUUAAUUCACCGCUGUCAUCGAUUAAACUGGUAAUUUUGUUUAAGUUUUUUUAGUUUAAUCACAGUAAAUGUUACAGUUGUUUACUCACAUAUGUUGUUUUACAUUUUUAUCUUUUAACUGUUUGUCUGUUGCACAAAAAAAAUAAAAAGAUGUUACAGGGAAUAAAUGAAGGUAUUUCAGUUUUAACAGGAGGUUCUAGUGUGAAACGAGUGAUGCCUCGUGGUUUACUGUACGAUAACCGACUGAUCGUUCUGUUAUUUUGUGAUAUAUUUGAAGAUGUGAGUGCCACACUGUAUGCGAGUCUGAAAAAAACAUCUGUUGAAAAACUGCUGGAUGUUUUAGUUGUUUAAUUCUCUAAUAAAACUGAGAAAA